UAAUCACACUUUAGUGCCAUUUCAUGCAUUAUGUGCCUCCAAAACUAGCAUGGAUGAAUAUAUAUACUAUACUAACAUCAAAUGUGUGUCAAAAUAUGAAGAAGACUCAUGGCACUUUCUGUGCUCCUUCCUAACAACUAUGCAUGGAAGAAAUGAGAAGAUAUGUUCGAUGUGAAGCGCCUAAUCAAUAACUUAUGAAGUUUUAUGGAGUAGUUCUCUGCUCAAUUGGUCAUGCUAUUGUUGAAUUAAGAAAUGAAGGAGUGGAGUGAAGGGAAUUUAACAACGGUACAUGAACUUUACUGGAUACUUUUGUUUUUCUUUGCCUACGGUUUCUAGGAGAAUGAAUUAUGAUAAUCUAAAGUUUAGUGAAUCUAAGAGAAAUGUUGAACAGUGUUCCGAGCCACUAGUUAAGCAUGUUAACAUAGAAAUUUCAUCUUAAAAUUUGUACCUUCGAUACUUUAAAAAUAUAAAAAGUUAUAUUUUCAACAUUUUAAGUUUUAAUUUUUUUUUAUAGUAUGCUUAACAAAUAUUUCUGGCCACUGUUUAGCAUUAUCGUAAAUCUAAAAAUUAAUUAUUUCUUAAUUCCUUGUAGUUAAUCGUCUAUUAUAAUUUUCUCUUCAAUAUUAUUAAUUUUUUGGUUUCUUAAAAGUGUUAUUUUGUCCAUGGGAAAAGUGUUAAUCUGUCCUUGUAGUUCAUUCUAUGAUAUUAUUUUCCUUGGCAUGUUUAGUUCAUAAUAUGACGUUAAUAGUGUAUACUAGAAACACUUAAAAACUUAAAUUGGUGAAAAAAUGGAGAUUAAAAUACAAAAUCUGUUUCUAGUAGUCAUAAUAUGUAGCAAGACUUUUCGAGUUGCGAGAGAGGUCCAUUUAAUAUAUGUUUGAUAUUAAGAUGAGUAUGCAAGAAUUAUGGUGGGUCACUGAUUCCGAUGUAUGUAGUGUAAUACUAAACAUAAGUUUAGUGUUCGACAAUGACCUAAAUAUAAUAUAGGAUUACAUCCGGGGGAACUGAACCUAUGAAAAAAAUGUAAUAGGACUUGAGGAUAUCAAUCAUCUUAUUUUUUAAGCCAUGAAAGAUAUUGUCUUUAUAUAUAAAGAUAUUUUAUUUUCCAUUUAUGAAGUUUCUCAAUAGAUUCUAAUCCCAAAGAAAGAGAAUAGGUGGGAUAAGAAAUUUUCAGAUGUAAGAGCAAAUGAGUGAAAAAUAUAGGAUCCAAAACCAUACGAAGAUUCUAAAGCCCUGUUAGUAACAGGCCCUGUGUCAAAUCAAACCUGUUGUUUCAAAUGGAUUUUUUUUAUGUAUAAGAAAUGGGCUGGGCCAUGAUAAUUUUAAUGGGCUUUGCAUGUCCAAUCUAUGAACUGACUUCAGGUACAUUUUGAUAGGAUUCCAACUUUUCGCACCCCCUGAAUAUACUCGAUAACCCCAUGAAAUUACCAAACUAACCCUCUCACUUUCUAGGAUGCGAGCACUUUUUCGCACUCUAAGUAGCGAGUAUCAAUAUUUUUGCAUUCUAGGAAGCGAACUCAGCUGCAGUUUGCAUUCUAGAAAGCGAACUCUUUCCCCCCGAUUUUUGCUAUUUACACACUCUCUUUUCUAAGUAGUGAGAGGGGUAAAAUGGGAUUUUCAGGGGGUGACCAUAACUGUCGGGGGCGCCAGAAGUAACUUUCUUUUGAUAGAAGUUGUAGACUUUUAGUCCAAAUAUUUACACAUCGUAGGGAGUCUAUGGGAGUUCGAGAGAAAUAUCGGGUCAAAUACUUUAGGAUCACAAGAGAGACGUCAUAUCUUUAUCCAAAAUCUUGUUUCGGGUUAAUGAGUCACAUUUCUUAUAAAUAUAACAUUCUUCUCAUUCAUAGUCGAUGUGAGAUUUAACCACUCACACUUGAUAGCCAACAAUCUCCCACAAAGUGAGUUCUCACAUCGUAUAAUUGAUCAAAUACUAGGAUUGAUUCCCACUCCACACCAAGCCGAACCAUGAUCUAAUACCACUUGUUGGGGAGUCCGAGGAAGCUUACGAGAAACAUCGGGUCAAAUAUUUUAGGACCACAAGAUAGGGUGACCUCACAUCUCCCCUCAAAACCUUAAAGCUUUAGGUUAAUUAAUCAUCUCUUAUAGAUGCAACACAUGCACAUUAGAUAAUAUGCUUUGUUCCUUGUAUUGCAAUCCAUACCACUCUUCUUUGAGAACAAAAAAACCUACUAUCGACGAAUUAAAUUAUCCUCAUCUUGCCAAUUUAUGUGUUGGGCCGGUCUAUACUCUAUACUAGCUUCCAUUGAACCCUUGUUAGUGAACGACUGGAAGGUGAAAUAAGUUCUCCGAAUUAAUUGAGUCUUAAGUCGAAUAUCAAGUUUUAUUGAAAAUAAAUUAGAGGAAAUGGAAUAAUUAACACUGCACAUUUCUACCAAAAAAAGAAAAACACUGCACACAAGAUUUGAUUCCUUCUUCCAUUGGAGCAUGAAUGAAUAUUGUUAAUAGCAUAGCAUAGCAUAGCAUAGCAUAGCUUAGCUUAGCUUGGUCACAAUUCACUACUAUUUUUUACAUACCGACAUACCAAUCACUAUUUUGUAUUGCAAUUAUUGUAGUCCUAUGGUACACAUGUGCAACGUGUCAAUCUUCAAACGGUGAAGAAAAUUGAGAUGUGACCACAAGUUUUGUCAUUACAUAUAUAUGUUGUAUAGUUAGUUAUGCACUAUGCUAAUGAUCUUCUUGUUUACUUCAACAAAUCAUAAAGUUACCUAAAAUUAACUAUAAUUACUUAUGAAAAUGAACUUGUCGACACCAAUAUUGUUUAUUAAUGGAGUAACAUUAAAUUAAGCCACUUUCUAAAAUCUUAAAAUAAUGAAAUGAAAUCAUGUUGAAUAUUCAUGAAAAAUGUACUAAAUGGUAGUGCAGUACCAAACUGUAGCUAUAAAGCAAAACAUAUUCUUUAAUGGUUUUUCAUAUACACCACACACUGAUCAAUCACAUUAUGAUAUUAUUUCAAUAAUGCAAUAGUGGAAUCAAUGGAAAAUGUAAAUUGUCAAUCUCAACCACACAUUACUUGCCACGUUAUUAAACUUUAUCAAUCAGUCACGUUUUCACCUUACCAUAUCUUCUUUAUUUAACCACUGAAUUUUCUACUUGCAAACCAAUUCAGCACACACUGAACUCACUCAUUGAAACCAAAACAAAGGUUUUCUUCACUUGAGGAAAUCUCAUUCUUUGUAUACAAUUCCUAAGAACAUGGAGACUGUUCUUUCCAAACACUCCCCACCUUCAGCCUUCAAGGGUGUUAGCAAGGAAGAGGAAGAAUCAUUGCUUGGACAAAUUGAAAUAUGGAAAUACAUGACACAAUUCACAGACUCUUUUGCUCUAAAAGCUGUUGUUGAGCUACGCAUAGCGGACAUAAUAGACCGCUAUGGUAAGCCACUAUCCUUAACUCAAAUCGUGCAAAAUCUUGACGAUGCCCCUUCCCCUGAUUCGGCUCUUCUCUUAAGAGUAUUGAGAGUGAUGGUUCGUCGAAAGAUUUUCAGCGCAGAAAAAUCUGAAACCGGAGAGAUUCUCUACGGUUUAACACGCGCAUCAAAAUGGAUUCUACAAGACACAAAAUUGACAUUGGCACCAAUGUUGUUGCUAGAGAAUCACCCUUUUCAUUUGAACCCUGCUAACUAUAUAAGUGAAAUUGUAAGAGAAGGAACCAAAAAUGGCACUGCUUUCUUUAGGUGUCAUGGUCAUGAACAAUUUGAAAUGACAGGUUUGGAUGCAAAAUACAAUGAUUUGUUUAAUCAAGGUAUGGUUUGCACUGCUAGGAUUGUGUCUAGAGCUGUUAUUGCUGGAUACAAAGAUGGGUUUAAUCAAAUUCAAUCUUUGGUUGAUGUUGGUGGUGGUAUUGGAGGAUCUCUUUCUGAGAUUGUUAGAGCUUAUCCUCACAUUCAAGCUAUUAACUUUGAUUUGCCUCAUGUUGUUUCAACUGCACCUAACUUUGAUGGUAUCACUCAUGUUGGAGGAGACAUGUUUGUUUCUGUUCCUAGUGCUGAUGCUAUCUACAUGAAGUGGAUUCUUCAUGACUGGAGUGACGACCAUUGCAUAAAGAUAUUGAAGAAUUGUAGGAAAGCAAUACCAGAGAAAACUGGAAAAGUGAUCAUUGUAGAUCAUGUAUUGGACCCAGAAGGAAGUGAACCAUUUACUGACACUGGCAUAGCAUUUGACAUGAUGUUGCUUGCACACAAUGCUGGUGGUAAAGAAAGGACUGAAGAGAACUGGAAAUACCUAUUCAAGGAGACAGGAUUCCCUCGUUACAACAUCAUCAAAAUCAAUGCUCUUCCAUCAAUCAUUGAAGCAUUCCCAAUCUAAAUUCAUGAAUCAUAAUGAAUGUGUUUGGUUUAUGAUAAUGAUGAUUUCAUAUGUGUUGUGUUUUGUGGCUUUAGUUGGAGUUUUGUUAGUAAAGGCAAAUACUCCUUUGUGUAACAUAAUUUGAAUAAAAAGGCUGCUAUGCUCACCACCUAGAGCUAGCUAUGAUUCAUGCAAAUAUGGGACACUUUUGGUUCCAUUUGCAAGGUCAGAUAGCAAGAGUGUUGUGUUGUGUGAGUGUUGAAAAUCUAUUGUUCACUUGUUAUUCAGUUUGAUCAAUUAUUAAUGUGCAACAUUUUCUUAUAA